UUAAAUCCAAUAGAUACUAGUGGCUUUAAACUUUUAUAAUCUCCAAUAGAAGCAAAUUAAACUCAACAACGAAAAAGUGCAGAAUUUUAUCUCGUAAACAUCAUUAGAUGAAAAAAAGAAAUAUAGAAGAGCUUACCUAAUAAAUAACAGCAGAAGCGUUAUUAACAAAUCAUAAAACUCCAAAUUGACAAAACCUAAAAAUAGUAACCAAUUAAGGACGAGUAGUUAAAGAUGUGGAACGCGUCUAAAUACUUGGUAAUUCAUUUCAGUGGACCGAUUUUGGUUUGAAAACCGGAACGUAAACCCAUUGUCAGGAUUGCAACUCGCUACAAGAGGAAAAUAUGCAUGUGGUAGCACUGUAUCGUGAGACGAUUUCAACAUUAGCCACACUCAAUGCAUUCAACGAAAUUAGAUCUAUCAACGAAAAUAGCAGAAAAAAUAGAAACCAUAAAAACAGAAAUAGAAACAAGCAUCUCACCCCAAUUCUUGCCGAAUGCAGAAGUAGCAGCCAUUAUCAAAAGCCCACGUCUUCAAACUCAAACAAUAUCAAACACAUUUCGCAUUCAAAAAAAUACAAUUGCGACAAUGUAAACAACAAUAACACAAUAACAAGUAAAGCAAAUCUAAACAAAGCUGAGAUUCCCGAAAAGCCCUACCCAGUGACAGCCACGUUCGCAUUAAGAGCAUUUGAGGUAGCACACGAAAUGAGCCAACACGACGUUACCUUGCAUCUCCCGGAAAAUAAUACAUUUGCAAAGAAUUUGCAAGACACCAAUUGCGGCGAAGUUUCUGCGGAAGAAUCCGUUACAUCCCACGGCGGCGGCAUUGGUAAUGCAUUAUGCGUCAGCAGCGACAAUCCUAGUAGUAGUAACACUCACGCCAGCGUCAACAGCAACCAAGCCGGCAAGAGCAACACGAUAGGCAAUACUAGCAGCAAAAUGGAUACCAGUGAACGAGAUCGAAAACGUAAACGCUAUUUAUCUGACGAAGAGUGUACACGCACAACUCGUCAAAAACAGCAACAGCAGCAGCUGCUCCAACAACAAGAGCUCCAGCAACAGCAAAUCGAGCAACAGGCACGCCUAAGUGAUAUAGCGGCAGUUUUGCCAAAUAAAUCGAGAGCUAUUGUCGAUCAAUCUGCCAAAUGUGACGGAAGCAACAGCAGAGGCAAUCAGAGCAGUCCCGGCAGCAGCAGCGAAGGUGAGGUGCAUUCCACGAAAACACUGCGCUCUUCACUUUCUGACGCCAGACAAGAGACGCCGGCGGCGGAAAUUGAGAAACGAUUCAGCAUUACGAGUCGCAAGCGUAUGCUGACUACCGAUUCUUACCGAAAGAAAGGUGAACGCGCAACAAUAGGCGCAAAGUUACAAAAGCAAACAGAUCAGCGAAUUUCAAAGAUGCAAGAUUUUUCUAGCUCCGAUUUAAGUGAUGGCAACGAUGAUGUCGAAAACGUUGAAGAUGAAAACGAGUUCGGCGGCAAUGAUGAGGAUGUCAACGCCGACCACAUUGUUAAUGAUGAGCAGGAUGAACGGGCAGUUGAGAACAACGAAAACGGUGCGCUAAGCAAGAGUAACUGUAAUACCCUGGAAAACUCCAUCGAUGCUAGCAACAUGACAAUACCUGAGCAGGCGCGCUCACCAACAUUAACCAAUGCAUCUGGCACAUCCACGCCUACACACCAUGCGUCCGAUAUUGAAGAUGGGGAAAAAAUUGAUGCAGAAAACAGAUUUUACGGCGGCGAAUCUGACAGUGGCGGCAUGCAUGCAACAGCGAAGAGCGAGUCAACGACAAAACCACGAAACAGUGCAGCAUGGGAAGGGAAUGCACCGUCCACCAGUGAAGCAAAACUGUCUCGUCGCCAACAGCGAAUCCGUCGACAGAGUACAUCGCCGCUUGCUAGCUGUGACGAAACGACACCGUCGGGUAAUGCCGUGGAACCGGGUUUUGUGGCAGGCGGACCUUCGGGUGCUUCCACAACGCAAACACCUUACGUACCAGGCGAACCCCCCUUAGCGGCACCAAUUCGUAUAGCGCUUCGUGGUCAGAAUUAUCCCUUCGAAACAGAAAACAUGAGCUGUGAAAACUCUGCAACGGCUAAAGGUAAAGCUGUCGACGAGUAUAACAGCACUAACACAGUGCAGAACGAAAUCGCGUCGGAAAGCCGGUUAUGUAAUGCCAGAGACGGAGCAGAUGGGCACAACAACAACAACGAUCAUAAUGAUGCCAAGAGAGUCAGUUUCAACAGCAAGCAAGGGUAUAGGCGCAGUACGUUUGAUGUUGAAGAAAGCGCGCGCCUCCAGAUUCUUUACGAUGAACAACGUGGAAAUUGUGGUGGUACAGCAUAUGCCAUUAGAGCGCAUUUAGCAGCGUCUUUGGCGUCGAUGUCGCCAACAACGGAAUCAAAUGUGGCGCAGCCUAGCCAUGUAGAGUAUUUACUUACACAAGCAUCGCCGCCGGAUUUUCAGUAUAUCAACAGUCACAACUUAGUUGAUAAGAGUGGUAGUCCCAAUGAUAAGGACAAAGCCAGUGAUGCGGAUGCCAUAGCGAGAAAAUCGCACCAACACACUCAGCAUGCAGAACAACGGGAGGAAACAACUAUAGGUAGGAGGGAAAGCGUCGGCAACGAGGGUAGUGACGAAAUUGGCGUUGGUACUUUAGAUGACAAGGGCCAUUCUUUUUAUGGCGGUCAACCUAGUUAUCGCAAAAGCGUUGGCAUGUCUACGCUCAGCGGCGGUAACCUUUGCUUUUCGGCAGAAUCCUUUUCAGCUACAAGGCAGUCAAUGGCAGCGGACAAUAGAUCAACUACAAUUACAAACAUUUUUACUAAUACUACUACCACUACUACUCCUAUUACUACGGUUACCGAAGGUUGUGUUUCAUCAAAUGUUACUAAUAAGAUUCCUAAUAGUGAUGCUAUAGCAUCAACGUCAUUAAUUGCAACCCCAACAGCAACGCCAGCACCGAUGUCAACUGAAAAAACUACGGCGUCAGCAGCGAUGUUGAGCACUGCGAAACCCUAUGCGAAUAAAGCAGAUGGCUGUGAAAUGGGUAAGAAUGUCGUGCCGUCUCCAACGGCAUUCAAUGUAAAUUUGUCGGCCCCAGGCGGCUACAAGCUCAACGCCUCGCCGGAGUCGCCCAAAACACCAACUGUAACGUAUUGCAAUAAGGGAUCUAGUGUCUGGGCUCAGACAAAUGAAGCUUACAGACGGUACAACAAUGAAGGCAGCAGUGACGGUAACGGCGGGGGAGUAGCCCUCGUGGCAUUAAAUGAGUCACGCCUGCCAAUUCAAUCGGGACAGUGCUUUAAAGUAGAGGAGGUAUUGCGGCAAAGUGACAACGAAAACAAAGCAAAACAUUUACAGCAGUCUGGCAAUGGGCAUGCAGCUAAGUACGAUGGGGUUGCCGAGCAUCAGCUGCAGGAACAGAAACCACAGCGGCUGAAAAGUCAAACAGGCGAAAACGAUGAUGCGCCCGAGUCGACAGCUGCUUGCUCGACUGCGGCCGGGACGCAUGCGUAUACCGCGGAAAUGGCACUGCAGCAUCAGCGUGAGCAACAACGUCAUCUGAAUCAAGGUGUACAGCAUUAUAUACAGGGGCAACUAAGUCACCAGUUGCAGCACCAGCACCGGCAACAACAACAACUUCAUGACCAUCAGCAACGGCAACAACUGCAGCAUGCACAAAAUGCCAUUAAUCAGCAGCAACAAAACGAUGCGUCACAUGUACUGCAACAUAUCUCGUUGCAUGAUCACAAUUUGCAUGCGCAAGCACAACUGCAGGAAGCGAUGCGUUGCAGCCAACAGCAGGGGCAACAGAAUUUAUUAGAGCAACAUCAGCACCAUCACAUACAUCAACGAUCCCAUGAGGAGCAGCAGCAACAACACUUGAUGGUAUAUCUACAUCAUACUGCUGAACAGAGCCGGUUACAGCAGCAACUGCAGCAUCAAGCCAAUCAGCAAGAGCAUGAAUAUCAACAACAGCAACAGCACUACCAGCGACAACAGACACAGCAGCUGCAGCAUCAUCAACAGCAAGAGCUACUACUAGCAGCACAGCAGCAACAACAUCCUAAUCUGCAGCAGCAGCAGCAGCAGCAACAACCACAACAUGCACCAACAGACUUGAAAAGAUUACAUCGUCCGCCACCCACCAGUAUUGAAGACCUCAUAAUCGAUGAAUUCUCAGAAGAUCCGCACGCUGUCUAUAAACUUGCUCUAUCACCAAACAAUGUCAAGCAUGAAAAUCAGGAUGACGGCUACGAAACCAGUGCCGGAGAUGUGCUCACCCCGAAUUCACACAGCUCUUCGACGCAUUCGGUGACGCCACAGCAUCAGUUGCAGCACGGUAUCAACCUUAUCCCACCACCCAAGUGUGAAGAGCAACAAUUAAAAAUGCAGCAACCACAACACGCUGUUGGCGACGUAGUCAACCAACAGCAAGCCCAAAACAAGUCUUUGGCCCAGCAAGUGAUGCAUGAUCUGAGAAAUACAGAAAAUCCCAAUGACGAACUCUCAGGUGCCGCGAGUACAAAUCUAUCUGCGAACCCCUACGCAUUUAUGGACGAGGAUAUAUCCACUGCAAAUGCACCUGCUUCGAAUGCAAGUAACCCCAUAAAUGAUAGGGCCUCGAAUAUGGUUCAAGAACCGCAGCUCAAUGGCGUCGGAGAAGUGAUUAGAAGCAAUGAUGCGGCAGCGUCCUAUAUGAGUGCUGCAGCAGGUGUGAUGGGUCAGGUGGACGAAAUGUUCAGCAUGCAACGUCAACAUCAACAACAGCAGCAGCAGUUGUUAGUGGGCAAUAACGAAAUCCAAGAGUCGAUCGAGUACAACCUAAAAAUAAAGCUAGCAACAGCCGGUGCGAAUAUGUUGACCGAGAGUGAACAACAGCAGGCACUACAGCAGCAUCAACAGCAGUUGCCAGCACAGCCGUCCCAGUUUGUUUUUAGUGAGAAUAACGUAAUCCUGAGGCCACCACAAAAGAAGCGGGGUCGCAAAAAGAAAAUCCAGCCAGGUGCCGACGGCGUGCUGCCUUUAUCUAUGCAAAUUAUACCAGGAAACAACAGUAAUGGAGGAGCAGGUGACCCCAACAAUGAACUGGCUUCCAACAGACUUGCGGAUAACCCCGGAUUGAAUGCGAACGAAAAUACCGUCACCGGUUUGAUGAAGGGCAAGGAGCGCAAGAAACAUGACCGCUUCAAUGGAAUGUCUGAGGAGGAAGUUGUUAAGCGCACACUACCCGACCAUCUAUGUGAUAAUCUCGAUAUAGUCAUAAUUGGCAUCAAUCCUGGCUUAUUCGCCGCAUAUAAGGGUCAUCAUUAUGCUGGGCCUGGCAACCACUUUUGGAAAUGCCUUUAUCUGUCUGGCCUCACUCAGGAACAAAUGAGCGCCGAACAAGACUACAAACUGUUGAAAUAUGGCAUAGGCUUCACAAACAUGGUGCAGCGUGCGACUAAGGGCUCAGCCGAUUUGACACGCAAAGAAAUCAAAGAGGGUAGUCGCAUUUUACUUGAGAAACUACAGCGAUUUCGCCCGAAAAUCGCUGUUUUUAAUGGUAAACUUAUUUUUGAAGUCUUCUCUGGUAAAAAAGAUUUCAAUUUUGGGAGGCAGCCGGAGUGCGUGGAAGGUACUGAAACGUAUGUUUGGGUUAUGCCUUCCUCAUCUGCAAGAUGCGCACAAUUACCGCGAGCUGCCGAUAAAGUUCCCUUUUAUGCUGCGCUUAAGAAAUUUCGCGACUACUUGAAUGGUUUAAUACCACAUAUGGAUGAAUCUGAAUGCAUUUUCACCGAACAGAAAAUCAAACAGGUUUGCGACCAGGAGAAUCAAAAGAAUCUCGUUUCCACUGCUGGUGUGGCUCCAUCAGGUGCAGGCGUAUUACAUGGAUCUGUGGCAGCUUCGGGAAUGCCCGGCACGCCCGAUGGCAUUGGCAUUAUGUACAACAGCAUGCAAAUGCGGUCAAUGGAAGAAGGCGCAAAUAUUUUGACGCAGCCGCACGGAAAUAGUGGUAUCAACAACGACGGCAACGCUUUGAGUGGUACGGCUCUUGGAGUUUGCCGGGAUGCCGCCAGCUGUAGUGGCAAUCAUAUAGCUGGUGCCGUUCCCGAUCCGAGCUGUGGCAUGCAUUCGGACCAAGAUAAAUUCCAUGGCUUUCAAGGAGCAUCCGCUGAACCUGCUUACACGUAUCGGCCCGAUGAGAGCGUACGCGGGCAGAGCGUUGCUGGUCAUGCACCCGGACCAGGCCCACCACCAAACGCAGUUCCAAGUGCCAUAAUGCAACAACCCAAUAACGAAAGCUACAUGAUGAACUCAUACCACGGACCAUCGUUGCCCGAGAAAAAGAAACGCGGCCGUCCGAAGAAGGUCAAAGAACAGGACAUAAUGAACCCUUCUGCACGUAAUCGUAUGCAAAUGAUGGGUCAGAUACCGGGCAAUAACGACUUUGGCAACAUACUGAAUCUGUCAAUGAUGGGCGGGGGCGCAGGUGGCACGUGCGUUAACGAUUCACUGUUGGGAGUUGGUAUGGGCAAUGGCAAUGGCGAGACACCAAAGAAAAAACGAGGUCGACCGAAGAAGGUGAAGCCCAGUCCUGAAACACAGCAAAUGACAAAUUCACUUAUUCAAGUCAAGCCGCAUUCAAUGUCGAUCCAAGCGCUUACAGGCAUAGAUAACAAUUCACCCCAAUGCAUGCAACAACAACUUCAACAGCAGUCCAACACUAUCUACGGCAGCAAGGAUUUAGCGCAGCAGCAGACGCAGCAAAUGUUCACUUCUAGUUCGCCGAUGAGAUCGCCAGCACUAAACUGUUCAUAUGCUGGUAUAACGCCACCUACUUCCACACAAUCAACUCCGCCAACACAUCAGCAACAAUGUGACAAACUGCUCGACAACAGCGGCGGUAUUAUGGAAAGCCCCACAAAUUUAGUUAACGCACACAUAGAUAACGCUAGCGGUAGCAAUGGAAGCAACAACGUAAACAGUUUCUAUGCCGCCAAAAAUACUUCCCGGGGCGUAAACUCGAAUAGCUCUGAACAUCAUGAAAGCUUGUCGGUAUCCACACCGUUGGCCAACUCAGUGAGCGACCUUGGCAACGAAAUUCCAACAAACUCGUCGGUACCCGUAUCGAUUUCGGCUUCGCACGAAUCGCAUUUGGGCGAAUCGCCACCGCCUAGUUCACCAAGCAUCUGCGCUGUGGACUUCGAACCUCCCGCUACUGGUGCGUCCCUCAGCAGUGAGCACGAUAGAGAACUGCAGAACCAGCGACAACCUACAAUACCACAGCACUCGAGAAUACAGCAUCAGCAGUUGCAACAAAACGUGCGCUAUACAAGUCCAGGGGACGAGCCAGCAUCGGAGCAUCAAACGACCGAUCAUUACCAGCAGUGGCUUGGAACACACACUGGACUUUCCCUGCCUGCGCAGUAUGCCCACCAUCAACAUCAACAACAACAACAGCAGCAGCAGAUUCAGCAUCACCAGCAGCAACAGCAACAACAACAGACGAUUAACUUUGACGAGCACCAACAGCUGCAUCACCCCCAACACUUGCAGAACACGGGGAACCCACUUCAUGAAAUAUCGACUUCUUCAAUGCACGCACAAUGGCAGCGCCAGCAACACUAUGAUGAACUCGUCAGCAGCAACUAUAAUAUUUCGUCGCCACAUGUACAGCUCCAGCAACAACAACAGCAUUCUAGCCCUAACAUGCAUCAUCAGACACAGCAACAGCAACACCAGCAUCUGGCCGAAAGCCAGCAUAGCCACAUUACGCACCAUCACUCACGCCUGGCUUCCGAUGUUAGCAGCAAAAGUCUUUCCGGGCUGGAGUCACUAGUUGAUCAAAUUCCCACAAUAUCGGAGAACGACUCGGCAUCCAUAUCAACAGCGAUGUCGAACAAUUCGGUCAGUGCGGCUGUUGAGAGUCGCCUUCAGAGCCUGCAACAGCAACAGCAACACCAGCAGAAUGUACAGAACCUUGGCACAGGCAAUCCACCGGUCGACAUGCAUGCUGAUCAUUAUUGCACACCCAACAGCGCCGUUAACGGCAUAGCCGCAGUGUCAGACACAAGCGACACAGUUACUGGAAACAACAGCAGCGGCAGCAACACACCGCACCCAACCACUGGGCUCUUCAGUGCGAACUCGCCUGGAAAUUACAGCAUCCACAGACUCAACUCGUCCGCAGCCUCUUCGCCAGUUAUGAUGUCUCCACGCCAUCAACACCAUCAACAGCAGCAAUUGUCAGCUCACCAGCCUUACGGAAGUUCAGUGAGCGCACCACUAAUGACAGAUGUUCUCUUGCCCUCAACACCGCUGACGAGCUCCGCCAACCAUACUAACAGUCCAGCAGACAAUAGCAUGGCCGAAGAUGCGUCCAAUACAUGUACACCACCAGUAAGCAGCGCAGUCUCUUCAACGUCUACCAGUCUGUACAACAGCCCAUCCACGUCGAAUUUGCACAGCAUGGGCAACAACAACUUUUCUGUCAGCAAUCUAGCAGCUUCAUCCGUUACAUCUAACAAUAGCUGUAGCAGCAAUAGCAACUACCCUUCCCUGUCGGCCACCUCAACUUCUGCUGUAGCCAGCAACGUCUACCAUUCGAAUUUCAUGGCGGCUGCCGCCUUGGCCGCAGCAGCGGCGAAUUCCCCCACAUCAACAAACACUGCUGCUGCAGUGGCUGCACACCAUGCCGCCCACCAUGUUGCCCAUCCGCAGAUGUAUAUGGACCCCCAUGCGCACCUAUCACCUCAUAUUGCCGGCGUCAACUCCAUGUAUGCGCCAGCACCAACACACCACCACCACCAUCUGACGGCACAUCAUCCGGCACACCACCACCAUCAUCAUGGCGCAUACAGCGCUGGGCAACACAGCACCGCCAGCGACUAUGGCAAUCCAUAUUGCAAUCCCAGCGUAACCGGCGCAGCACAAGCCACUUCGCUCCACUUACCAAGCCCCAACUAUCCGUAUGGCUACGGUAAUCCUGUGGCCGCCGCGGCUGUGGCAGCAGCCCAAGGCAACUAUCCGUCGACAAUUCAUGCCCAUCACGGCCAGUCAUCGGAGGCGAAUACACCCCCACCUCCUGGCGCUGUUUCGGCUGCUGCGGCAGCUGCUGCAGCUGCGGCGGCCGCUGCUGCCGUCUACCACACACACCAUCCACAUCACCCGGGACAUCCACAUGCCACACAUCCGCACGCCCAUGCACAUGCGCUGUCGAUGUUUGAUCGACUGAAGCCGUCCGAUAUAGGUGGUUACGGUGGAUUCUGAUGGUGAACACCGAAUUUAAAUUACAACUAUGGGGUGAUAGGUUGGGCCACGCCAAAGGCUGAGCUUAUUACUUUUAUUGCAUAGCAGAGCUAUUGAGUGCUGUGAUUGACUAGCACCCAGCAAUCACCGAUUGAUCACAAGCUAGACAGUCUCAAAUUAAUUUAAAUAAUUUCAAAUACACCUUUAAAGAUAACUAUAUGUAGAUUAAUCAACUAAGGCAACCAAAGACUAACGAAUUUGUGGUGUGAAUUUCUAAAACUGAUUUCAAUAUUGGCAACCUUGUAUCUGAUCUUUGUGGGCACCCACACUUACAAUUUUCAGGGCGCAGCCUUGUAUGCGACAGUUAUGAAGACAUCUUACCAGCGGCGCAAAUGCACAUUACGUAAUCGAACACUCCUUCAACUUACUUUGCCAUAAUAAUGGCCGAUUUGUGGUUAGCGUCCUUUACAUGCUGGCUUUGUAAUCGGAAAGGAUGAUGUAACCGAUUACUCUUCGGGCGUUCAUUACAAUUGCGUUUCAUUUGUAAAUUAUAAUGCACAUUGUAAGCAGACUUCCUACAAUGUGCAUUACUAUUUUAAAUUGGUCAGCGGCGUUUUAAUCAAUUAUUUGUAUGAAUUACGCAAUGCACCCCAUUUAGCAGUGCGCCGCCGGGUUAUACCCACUUUCUCUCUUCUACACGCUAAAUAUGAGCAAAAAGCGCUCGCAUUAUCUCUCGAAUAAACAAAGAAGAUGUCUGUGAAGUUGGCAUACGGUAUGACGCAAAACGACAAAAAAAAAAUGUUCCUGAAAAAGAAAAAAAAGUUCUGGAUAUUUUGACAAAACAAAUUGCUUUGAAAAUUGUGUAUGCCAGAUUCACGCAGCAUAGGACAUGUGGCAAAACGGCAAAUAAAAAAU